GGAGCAGGCAGGGCCAUUCCCCUGGGCCUUGCUGUGCGCCCAGAGAUUGCAACCCCUGGGGAACGCUGCACCUGACUAUGCAUUUCCUGACACUGCAGGAGGAGCCGGAUUGCGCUGUGCAGCAAACAGGAAGCCGCUGGCUGGCCCCAUGGCACCGGAAGCAGGUGAAGGCCGGGCGGCUGCAGGGCUGUGCUGGGGUAGAUCUGAGUGCCAUGGGGAGCUUCUCUAGAGAGCCGGCUGUUCACCGCUUAGCAAACAAGAUGGGAGAAGAGCCCACCUUGGCUUAACUGAACCUUUCAAAGCAAAGUCAGGUGCAUCAGGAACCCCAGUGCAUGGUUCCUGGUGGAUGGUGACAUGGAUGCGGCCGGUCCUUCCAGCCACACGGAGCCUGUGGACCUCCUGGCUCCUUAUGCUGCAGAAGCUCCAGACUGUAGGCCUGGAGAAAGCCUCUUUAGGAUUCAAGAUGCAAUUGUGUUCUCUGACAAUUACACAGACCCGGGCAGUGCCUUAUAUGCCCAGUGCCCUGAGGGCCCGGAGGGCCACAGUGCUGGCAGCUGCUCCUUGGAAGUUGCUGCCGGGGACCGCGAGACAUCUCUGGAAGAAUCUGCUGGCCUUGGGGGUGGAGAGACGCCGGGCACCGUGGGGAAUAUACUUGGUUCGGAGAUCCCUGCUGUUGAAUCUCCACCCUCUCCAGCAGAGAACCUGAAUGCCCAGGAUGAGGAGAAGAAUGACGCUGCCCAAGCGCUGUUCUGGGCUGGGAUCCUCCAAGCUCAGCUGUGUGUGCUGGACCUGCAAGGGGAGCUGGAGAAGCAAGAAGAGCCUGUCACUGAGCUAAGCAGCUCGUCCCGGGGCCCCGAGGAUGCACUGAGCUGUGCCCCAACUGCACAGGGCUUGCCCAUCUCCUGGGAGCCGCUGGACGAAAGAGCCACCGCGGCCAGCGACAGCGAUGAUGGGCAAGAGGCCGGCUCGGGAAGGCAGGAGGAGGAGAGCUUGUCAUCCGAGGAGGAGGAGGGGGAGGAGGUGGAAGAACAGUGCCUCUUCUACAACAACCCACUCUUCCAGGAGAGCCCGUGCCCCACAGGGACCAGCCCCUCUGACGGCACUGCCUUGUGGAGCACCGCCGAGGGGUAUCAUGCUGGUUCCAGCGAUGAGACCCACAGGGCUCCCCAGGACGAGCCGGUGUCAGGCAGCCAGCGGGAGGAAGUGCUCUGGUGCCCAUUGGCCGAGGCGGAUGAACCGGGAGCUGAGGAUGAGGUGCCGUGCGAUGUCCCAGCCUACACGAUGCACUGCAGCACCUGGGCCCCCUUGGUGAUCACGGAACAGAACAUCGACGAGUCCCGCUCGAUGGCCGAGGACCUGGAGGCCCCGGGCCACCCCUCCGACCAGCUGGCAGAUGGAGCCGUCUGCCGCCCCCCGGUUCUCCUGUGCGGUGUGGAGUUGGGUCUCAGUGGUGCUCUGGACCCGCCCGAGGGCGGCUUGCUGUUUUCAGCUUCCGGCACCUCUGUGAUAUCGGCCCUGCUGCACGAGGAAGACUGGGACCACCCCAGCCCCUGCAAGCUCCGGCCCGAGUCCCCUGCGGGCGGAGGCAGCCGGAACCCCCAGGUCUCCCAGCAGCAUACCGUGGAACCUGCUCAGUGCCAGGAGGUGGAUUUGGGGCUGCCAGCCCCUGGCCGUGGCAGCCCUGCUCCCCCCUGCCUGGUGGCGAAGGCAUCCCAGAGCACUUCCUGCCCGCGAGGGGAAGUCACUGAGGCUGAGUCCCCAGCUGAGUCGCUUGACGCAGCGGAGGGGAAGCCGGGCGGCGAGGCGCAGGGGCAGGAGAUGGAGGAACAAUCCCCCGCGCCUGCAGAUGAGCCUGUGCUGGAGGAGGAGGGCAGGCUGGAGCCCACCCCGGGGUGUCCCAAGGAGGAGGAUGCAGGGGAGAAGCCAGGAGACCCAGAAGUGUUGCAGCCCGACGGGGCCCUCCUUGCCAACGGGGCCUCCGGGGACCAGGGGGCAGCUCAGCGGCUGGCAGCAAGACUUUACCACCUGGACGGCUUCAAGAGGUCGCAGGUGGCCUCCUACCUCAGGAAGAACAACGAGUAGCGGCAGGUGGCGGAGAAGUACCUCGCUUCUUCAGUCAGCAGGCAGACUCUGGACCAGCGCUCAGGUCCUUCCUCAAGGCCUUCGUGCUGGACUGGGAGACGCAAGGAGCGGGAGCGGAUCCUCAGACACUUCUCUAGAGCGCUACCAUCUCAGCAACCCCGACGCCUUCCCCUCGGCAGAUGCUGUGCACACCUUGACCUGCCCCUCAUGCUGCUCAAUACGGACCUGCAUGGGCAGAACAUCGGCCGCAGCAUGACCUGCCACGAGUUUGUAACCAACCUUGAUGGUAUGAGGGACGGGCAGAACUUCCCCAAGGAUCAGCUCAAGGCGCUGUAUCACUCCAUCCGCAACGAGAAGCUGGAGUGGGCCGUGGACGAGGAGGAGCUGGUCAGUGCCCUGACGCCCCAGCCGCCCAGCACCCCGUCCAGCCGGAAGAAAAGUAACCCCUUCCUGACACUGAGCCAGGACGCCAAGGCCGCCACGUACAAGGAGGGGCAGCUCGCCCGCAAGGUGCACGCUGAAGCCGAUGGCAAGAAGACACCCUGGGGGAAGCGAGGCUGGAAAACCUUCUACACGGUGCUCAAGGGGAUGGUGCUCUACUUCCUCAAGGAUGAGACCCGGGUUGAUGUGUCAGGCGUGGAGGAGCCAAUCGGGGUGCACCAUGCGCUAGCCGAGAGAGCCUCCAAGUACAACAAGCGGCCACAUGUCUUCCGCCUCCAGACGGCCGACUGGCGCGUCUUCCUCUUCCAGGCGCUAAGCGCCGAGGAGAUGAGCUCCUGGAUCUCCCGCAUCAACCUGGUGGCCGCCAUGUUCUCAUCUCCACCCUUCCCGGCGGCUGUGGGCUCCCAGCGCAAGUUCAUCCGGCCCAUCCUGCCCACAGCACAGAGCCGCAGCUCCCUGGAGGAGCAGCACCAGGCCCAUGAGGGGUGGAUGGACAAGUUCUCGGAAGAGCUGAACGAGCACCAGCGGAACCUGCCCGACAAGCGUGGCCGGGGUCGUGACCUGGAGGAGUAUCGGCUCAAGAAGGAGUAUCUGGUCUACGAGAAGUGCCGCUAUGAGACCUAUGUGAAGCUGCUGGAGGUGCGGCUGUGCGGGGGCUCUGAGGAGCUGGAGAAGUGGGAAGCGCGGCUCGGGGGCCCCGACUCGGCUGACGAGGGGCUCGGCCUCACCAAGUCGCACUCCAGCCCCUCGCUCAACCUGGACCCACCGCCUGCUGGCGUGAAGGUCAAACGCAACAUCUCGGAGCGCAGGACGGUCCGGAAGAUCAUCCCCAAGCGCAACAAGCAGCUGCUGUGACCCCCGCCAGGGCGCCCAGGGACACCCCCGGGCAUUCACCCCAGCACAAGGUACGAGCUGUCACCCCGACUUGAACCCAAGGCUCAUGGGACACGAUGGCACCGACAGCACGGAGCCCCCAGGUGGCGCCAGCAUCUCAGCAAUGGGGGGUCAUGAAGGCACCAAGGGUCGGUGCCCCCCCCAGGGGUCCCAGCCCAGGACUCUGAGCCCUGCCCUUGGAACGGGAGGGGCACCGGGCUCUGUCCAUGUGUCCCUGCCAGGAGGCAGCGCUGCCUUGAUGGACCUGGACUGGGCUGGGGGCACCUGGUGCAGGACAGUCCAUCCCGCCAGCUGAGCUGGGCUCUGCGGCCCCCCCAGGGCACUGCACCCCCCACGCCAUCUCCUGUUCUCAGAGACUGGCAGCCACCAGAGCAAUAAACCAGAGCGAGCCAUGGAA